GUCCGUGCGCUGAUCGUCGCCACGCGACUCUACACCGGACGAGCUGUUGACGUGAUUGCCUUCUCUCUAGGUGUUCCGGUAUCUAGGAAAGCCAUUCUCGGAGGUUAUUGUGUGGACUCCGGCGAGUAUCUUGGUGGCCCGCUAACUAAAUUCAUCGACACCUUCGUUGGAGUCGCUGGACCAAAUCACGGUAUCACUCUGCAGGAUAUAAAUCGUCAAGUGGGAUAUGAAGGAAAACACAUUUUCUCCAUCCACUCUAAAAAAGACCAAGUUGUUGGCCAUAUCGUUUGUGGAAAG